CGCGCCUGCGCAGUGGGCGCAGAACGUGGCGUUGCUGACGCCACUGGGGUUGCCUGGCAACCAGGUCUCCAGGCAACAGACUUGCGCUACCGGAACCGAGCGCUGAGGCAGUGCUUUCUGCAGAGCUUCAUUUCAAAAGCUAGAGAGUUGCCCUCUGCAGGCGUGGAAAGAUGGCCCAUUCCCAGAUCUCUCUGCACCUUCCCCUCGACAUCAACCCCACCCAGGCUGCCACUGCCUAUGGCUGUCGGGCCCUGCCCAAGCUGAAAGAGGAGCUGCAGUCGGAGGACCUACUGAUGAGGCAGAAAGCCCUCAUGGAUCUGUGUGACCUUAUGCAUGACCCUGAGCAUGUCUACGUGGCCAUCGACAUAGGCUGCCUGGAAAGCCUGAAAGCUUUGCUGAAGGAUACCAACGACACGGUGCGGAUAAAGACCACCGAGGUGCUCUACAUCAUGGCAACCCACAACGUGGGCAGAGAGGGCUUUUUAAAGCACGACAUCAUCCUUGCCUUGUCCUUCCUGCUGAAUGACCACCAGAAAACGUGCCGAAAGAACCUGCACCUCGUGUUCACGCACCUGGCCCAGCUGCCUUCAGGGGCCCGGGGCAUUGUCAGCAGUGGCCUGAUCCCCCCGCUGGUGUGGAAGCUGCAGGGGGAGGAGGAAGAGAUCCAGGAACUCCUCCUGGACACGCUGGCGGCCUGCCUGACGGAGGACGCCACCGAGGCACUGAGCAGCCGCGUGGUGCCCUUCCUGAAGGAGAAGCUCCUCAGCACCAACCAUGACAUCCGCAGCAAAGCCACCCGCGUGCUCACUGCUGUGAGUGUCCCUCUGGAGGGCAAGAAACAGGUGCGGCAGUAUGACGUCAUCCCCAUCUUGGUGCACCUGCUGAAGGACGAGGUGGAGGAGGUGCGGGCCAACGCUGCUGGGGCCCUCAUGAAUGCCUUGGUGACGACGGAAGGGAAGUAUGCAGCCCUGAACGCAGAAGCCAUCCUCCCGCUCCUGCAGCUGACGUCCUCAGCAUUGAGCAAGGCACGCCUGAAUGCUGUCAAGGCCCUCACCAUGCUGGCCGAGGCCCCUGAGGGCCGCAAGUUCCUGCAGGCCUAUGUGCACACCUUCCGCGCCCUCGAGUUGGACAGCAGCAAGGCCGUGAGGCAGGCAGCCGAGAUCGCCACCAAAGUCAUAGAGUGGGAACCCUGAGACUCUUAGUGGGCCAGACCUGAUAAACUCCAUGCCUGAA